CUCCCCCUCACUAGAGCCAGUGAGCCACGACCCUAUCUUGCGCCGGCGAUUUGCUGCGUGCAGACGACGGGUCAAGGCGCGCCGUCGACCCCCCGUGCCCGGGACCGCGGCCCAGCUGCCACCCCUUCUUCCACUGCUCAGGUGCUCCACUAGUCCCCUCCGGCGCCAAGUAACAGAGGGCUUCCCGUCGGCCGCUCGCUCGCUAAUUGCUUGCACCCGUCCAACGCGUGUGGAGAGGGACGUUGGCGCGAGGUCCAUAGGCGGGCACGCGCUGGUGAGGAGGACCUCGGAUCUGCCACUACCCGCGGGCCGCGGUCGCCGGCGACCUGCGCUUCCGGCGGUCCCCGAGUUGAGAAGGGUUGCCCACAACCUGCUCGACGGAAUGCAUACGGUUGCUUCUGGCAGCGGCGAGGAUCCCUUCCGUGUCCUGCCCGACGAGCUCCUCCGGCAUGUCCUGUCCUUUCUGCCAGCGGACGAUGCCCUGCAGACCUGCGUGCUCGACACCCGGUGGCGUGACCUUUGGAGACGCGCGACCAGCCUGAUCCUCUUCUUUGACAAGAGGUCAAGUGCCUGUAGCUGCGAGCGUUUCGAACAGCUAGCGAAGCUGGUCACCAACCUCCGCGGGCACUCGCCUCUCGUCAAGUGUGAGAUCAAUGUCUAUCCUGGUGAUCCACCGGAAGCGUUCACAAACACCACCAAGCUGUUGAUUGAUUAUGUCCUAGCGUGCCAGACCGAGGAGCUCACACUCAGCCCCGUUGACGUCGAGGACAUUGAUGGCCUUGACCCACCAAUAUUCGAUGUGCCUCUCAUUUCCCAGCACCUGAAGACCAUAGACCUUCACUGGGUUUGCCUAGAAUUCCCUGGUUUGGACUUCAGCGGCUGCCCGGUAUUAGAGGAUCUCAAGCUGCGGCAUUGCAACGUUUAUGUGCAGAAGAUAUCAUCCAAGUCACUCAAGCGUCUCUGCAUCACUGAUUUCUGCGUGGUCCCUUUGGAUUUCCGCAUUCGGAUUUGUGCACCGGAUCUUGUCUCACUGCAAGUUGAUGAUUUUGAUGGCGUGACCCCUUUCCUUGAGGACAUGCCAUCUCUAGUAACAGCCUAUGUUGGGCUUGACCGUGCAUGUCACGAUUGGUGUGAAGAUAUGCGCCUGAAGGGUUGUGGUUUGUAUGACUGUGGUUGUCAUACUUAUCCCGAAGAGGGGGGUGUGCUUCUCAAUGGUCUGUCCAAUGCUGUCAAUUUGGAGUUGAUAGCUGUACGUCAAGUGUUUAUCUAUACAUGGGAUUUGGAAUGGUGCCCAACAUUUUUCAACUUAAAGACUUUGUUACUCAAUGAAUGGUUCACAGCUAUUGACCUAGUUUGCAUUCUCCAACACUCUCCACUUCUUGAGAUGCUCACUCUUCAGCUUGGUGGUAUAAAGAGCCUCACUAGAGCAAGAGGGGCCCAAAAACCAAUAGAACAAUCAUUCAUGUGUGCGCACCUCAAGAUUGUCAACAUCGAAUGUGAUGAGGUUGAUGAGGACAUUCGCAAAAUUUUGAAGAUCUUAUGGGCAUGUGGCAUACUCCGUGGUCGCAUUAGCAUAAAGGCUCCAUCCUCACCCUCAUACUUUUUCAGUUUCCAGAAGGACCCGCAGGCAGUGAUUCCUUUGUAGGUGCCGCACCAGGCCCUGCUGCUUCCACCACUCAAGGCAACUAAGAUGUGGGCUCGGUCGUAUUGUAGGGGUAAAGCCUUUUGUUAGUCUGUAAGGGCGGUCCUUUGCUGGCCAUUAUCGCUACAUUUAGUUUUCUCGCUUUCUACCUUCCGGCCCUCUCCCUGAAAAGAUCUGGCCAGUGUUGGAUGUUGGGUUGGGUGCGACUCACCAGAUGACCAGAACAGUUUCAGGUUGGUUCAAGUCCUGCUGUGUCAUGGUUAGUAGUCAGAAGGUUGCUCUGUAUACGUAUCAGAAUUGGAAAUUGGGCCGGGACUUUGCCAUGUCUAACGGAAAUCGGGCUCGUGUGCCCUGUUUGACUGCGUAAGUUUGUCUUGCAGCAAGUCUCGCUUCAUUACAUCUUAGGUGCAGACUGUCGAGAUGUUGCCAUGUUGGGCUUUGUCUGGGAUGGGAUGCUACACCGGAACCCGGCUUCAAGGAGUCAACCCCUGAUAUCUGUGCAUGCAUCUUCUUCUUCAGCCGCGGUGUGUUUGUCGGUCAUCGACAAUGGCAGGGCUGUCAUUUCUUUGGUGCUUCAUAUGUUUCCGCAAUCUUCAUGCCCGCUCUAACAUGUCCAAUUUAUUAAUUUACACAUCAGUUGGGGGUAUAUGACACCCUUUAUUAUGAAUCAGUUUUCGGUUCCUGUUAAUCAUCCUUUAGUAUAA